AUGGCCUCCUCGCCCCCGCCCCCGCCCCAGCACGUCGUCGUCCUCGGCGGCGGCCUCACCGGCCUCAGCGCCGCCUUCCACCUCGCCCGCCUCGACCCCACCGUGCGCAUCACCCUCCUCGAAAAAGACGCCCGCAUGGGCGGCUGGGUCCGCAGCGAGCGCGUCGACGUGCACGACGACGACGGGAACAGCGCGAGCAUCCUCCUCGAGGCCGGCCCGCGCACCGUCCGCGCGAACACCAAGUCCGUGCUCGAGCUCAUCCACCUUCUCCAUCUCGAGCCGCACACGAUCACCACCCCGCGCUCCUCCCCCGCCGCCCGCGCCCGCUUCCUCCACGUCCCGCCCACCCCGGGCCUUCUCGCCCUCCCCUCCUCCCUCUGGUCCCUCCUCACCUCCCCGCUCUCCCGCAUCAUCCUCCCCGCCCUCCUCCGAGAGCCCUUCCGCCCCGCCAACCGCCCCACUGGCGCCACAGACGAGUCCCUCGACGCCUUCCUCACCCGCCGCUUCGGCCCCGCCUUUGCCCGCGUCCUCGGCAGCGCCUUCUGUCACGGCGUCUACGGCGCCGACGCCCGCGUCCUCAGCGUCCGCGCAGCCUUCCCCGCCCUGUGGGACGCAGAGGCCCGCGGAAACGGGAGCGUCCUCCUCGGCGAGCUCGGCUGGCGCGCCUGGUGGACUGCCAAGGACCGCCGCAGGGAGAGGGAGGCCCGCGAGCGGGAGGAGGCCUGGGAGCUUAGCGCGGAUCCCGCUUUCGUGCGCCGCGUCGACGAGGCUGCCGUCAUCUCGUUCAAGGAUGGCCUUGAGCAGCUCGUGCUCGCCCUCGUCGCCGCGCUCGAGAGCAACCCGCGCGUCGAGCUCCGCCGCGGCGCAGAGGUCGUCUCGCUGCGCCCCACCGAGGACGGCCAGACGCUCGAGAUCCGCGUCGCCGACGACACCGCCGCCCCCCUCGUCGCCACGCACGUCAUCUCCGCCCUCCCCCUCCCCGCACUCGCCCCAGCCCUCCCGCCCUCCGCACCCCUCCCGCACCUGCUCGCGAACACCUCCUCCACCAUGCACGUCUUCACCCUCGUCUUCGCCACCGCCCGCCUCCCCGCGCCCCUCCACCCCCCCGGCUUCGGCUACCUCGUCCCGCGGCCCUUGCGCGGGUACACCGCCGUCGCGGAUAGCGCGCCGCCGCCCGACGCGGAGAAGCGCUUGGACGUCGACGUCGGCAUCGACGACGAGCCGGGGCUCCUCGGCGUCGUCUUCGACACCGCGAGCCUCGCAGAACAAGACGCGCCCACCGGGGGCCCCGCCGCCUCGGGCGCGGGCGCGCCCCCCUUCGUCAAGCUCACAGCCAUGCUCGGCGGGCCGUACCCGCCCCCCUCCUUCCACCCCACCACCCCCCACCUCGCGCUCUCCUCCGUCCUCGCCGCCGUCGCGCGCCAGCUCGGCCACCCCUCCCCCUCCCUGCCCGUGUCCGCGUCCGCAUCCCCCAGCGGCGCCUCGCUCCCGCCACCGGUGCACGCGCACCACCACACGCACGCGCGCUGCAUCCCGACGUACGCCGUCGGCCACGUGCAGCGCAUGGCCGAGCUCCGCGCCGCGCUGCAGCGCGCGCCGUGGGGCGGGCGCCUGCGCGUCGUCGGGGCGGGCGUUGGCGGCGUCAGCGUCGGGGAUUGCGUUAAGGGCGGGCGGGAGGCGGCGCGGGGGCUGGUUGGGGAUAGGGCGGGGCUGCGGGCGUGAGGGCGUGGGUGCGUGGGUGCGUGCCGGUAUAUGUUAUGUUAUGAGAUUGGAUGGGGUGGGGGCUUGUGUUGUGCUGUGUUUAUUGUGUACGCGCUGUGGUUGGAAUGAUAUCGCUAUCCCCGCUC